AUUUAUUUCUCAUUUACUUUUCAGGCCCUUCUCGAAAUCCAUUUUUACCGUUAAUAAAGGAUAGAUCGAUUACCAACACCUGAGGGGAGGGAGGGAGAAAGGGUGAGAGAAGGAAAUCCCCACAGCUUGUCUGUCUCAACUCCUACGUAUUGUUGGAUCAAUUGGAGAUCUGGAAAAUUUUCUGGGUUAUAGAUCUGUUUGGAGGAAAACAAUAUCCGGUUGAUCCAUCAAUAUUCAAAAUUGAGAAGACAAAAUGAAUAUAUUCAGAUUAGCAGGAGACAUGACCCACCUCGCCAGCGUACUGGUUUUGCUGCUCAAGAUCCACACCAUCAAAUCCUGCGCUGGCAUUUCUUUGAAGACCCAAGAACUAUAUGCUAUUGUUUUUGCUACUCGCUACUUGGAUAUAUUUACUGAUUUUAUCUCACUUUAUAAUACCGUAAUGAAAUUAAUAUUCUUGGGAAGCUCUUUCUCUAUUGUGUGGUACAUGAAGAGCCACAAGAUUGUUCGUAGAUCUUAUGAUAAAGACCAAGACACCUUUCGCCAUUAUUUUCUUGUGUUGCCUUGCCUGCUUCUGGCCCUAGUUAUAAAUGAGAAGUUCACCUUCAAAGAGGUACUGUGGACAUUCUCCUUAUACUUGGAAGCUGUAGCAAUACUUCCUCAGCUUGUGCUGUUGCAAAGGACAAGAAAUAUUGACAACUUGACCGGACAAUAUGUUUUCCUUCUUGGGGCAUACCGAUCAUUAUACAUUUUGAACUGGAUCUAUCGCUAUUUCACCGAGCCUCACUAUGUCCACUGGAUCACUUGGAUAUCAGGGCUUGUUCAGACAUUGCUUUAUGCUGAUUUCUUCUAUUAUUACUUCCAGAGCUGGAAGAACAAUGAAAAACUCCACUUACCAGCCUGAGCUGUCAUCUUGGCAAGUUUCUCAGGAGGCCAAGAAUUUCAAGGAACAUGCAUAUGUAUUUUUUGAAAAAAAAAAAAAAAAGUCACAGGUGCUUGGCUUUUUGGUUCAAUUUUUUCCCCUUGUUUUAGGGUGCUUCAAUGGGCUUAUCCAGCGACAGCAUGUGUCUUGUUUUAGUCGUUUAUUGUGGCUUGCACCCACGUCCCAAUUUAUUUGUACCAUUUCCAUUGACUUGAUCUUGCAAGACCGUAACCUUAAGGGGAUUGUAGUGCAUAUUCUUUAUAGUUCAGUAUGAAUGUAUUCUUGAUUGAUUGUCGUGUA